ACCGGAAGUAAACACGUUUGGGUCGGAAGUGACGGAACACGCUGCAGCGGAUCCCACCCCGAUCGGAGAAUUUUGGUCGAAGACUGGGCCUGGACGGCGCCUUCCCCUCCCGGAGAACCUCCAACCGGAUUAAGGGGGAGAGGCCCGGCGCUGUGGAGAGUUCGCCCGUCCGUCUUCCUGCAUUUCGGAGGCCUCGGGAGUCUGAGGAGCCGCGGGCAAGGCUGGCUUCCCCCGGAGGAGGUGAGGCGAGGCUUGGGUUUGGAUGACGAGGCUCUGAAGAACUCACAAGCAGAAUCCAGGGUCUGAUCUACUGAUGCAUAACAGAGGAGAGAAAUGAAGGGACAGCAAAAAGCUACAGAGACAGAAGAAGGUACAGUGCAAAUCCAGGAAGUGGCUACAGGGGAAGAUCCCACCAGCGUGGCCAUUGCCAGCAUCCAGUCAGCCACAACCUUUUCCGACCCUAAUAUCAAAUAUGUCUUCCGAACAGAGAAUGGGGGUGCUCAGUUGAUGUAUAGGGUGAUACAGGUAGCCGAAGGGCAGCUGGACGGGCAGACGGAGGGUUCUGGCGCCAUCAGCGGCUAUCCUGCGACGCAAUCCAUGACACAGGCUGUCAUCCAAGGUGCGUUCACCAGUGAAGAUGCAGUUGAGACAGAAGCCACAGCCACUGAGACGCACUAUACGUACUACCCUGCCACCGCGGUGGCUGACACCAGCACUUCGGCUGGGGCAGGGACCACAGCCACCGCUGUGGUGACAACCCAGAACUCGGACGCCUUGCUGGGGCAAGCCACGCCAACAGGCACUGGUCAGUCAGGGCAAUUUUUUGUCAUGAUGUCGCCGCAGGAGGUUCUGCAGAGUGGAACACAGAGGUCUAUUGCCCCUAGGACUCACCCCUAUUCCCCGAAGUCUGAAGCUCCACGAACGACUCGGGAUGAGAAGCGCCGAGCACAACACAACGAAGUGGAGCGUCGGCGCAGGGACAAGAUUAACAACUGGAUUGUGCAGCUGUCCAAGAUUAUCCCGGACUGUUCAAUGGAGAACACCAAGUCUGGACAGCACACGACAAACGAGAGGCUGCCUGGGCCAUUUCCCAACUGUGAGGAGGGCAAGAGCAAAGGUGGGAUCCUGUCUAAAGCUUGCGACUACAUUCAGGAGCUGAGGCAGAGUAAUCUCCGACUGUCGGAGGAGCUUCAAGGUCUUGACCAGCUGCAGAUGGACAACGAAGUUUUGAGGCAGCAGGUCGAAGAGCUGAAAAACAAGAACCUGAUCUUGCGAGCGCAGCUGCGUCAGCACGGUGUGGAGAUCAUCAUUAAGGACGCCCACUGACCUGCAGCAGUCUGGCAGGGCCCUGCUCAGACCACCGCACUCUUUGGCACAGUAGAAGAUGGGGAUCCUUCAUCCCGCCCCCUCGCCCCACCCCGGUGCUUCCAAGCCAGGCUCUCAUUCUGUUGAGCAGAACCAGAAAGCAGCGAAAUCGGUCUGGGACCAGGGACUGAACUUGGGGCUUUGCCUCACUGCCUUGGCUGGCCCCACCCUUGAGUCGGACGCUGCCACUCUUGACAGAGUACUUGUUUUAUAGCCGAAUUGGUCCCCCAGGUUGUGUCUUUUUGUCUCACCAUUAAUUCCCCCGCGUCUCUCUUUGUUUUUGCUGAGCAGCAGCACACAUCUGGGCUUUCAAACUAUCCUGCACAUCUCCACAUGCAUGCAAAGUCACAUAGUCACGUUGCACGUUCUCCUACGUUCCCUUCUCCCAACCCCGUCCCUCCCACCCACAAAUAAUUUCCAGAAUGUCUGCAUUGUCCAUGUACUUGGUGCUGUUACGCUGCGGAACUGAUCCUGAUAGGUGAGCUCAGGGCCUGCUUUAUGGCUUUCUCUGGGCCUCUCUUCCAGUCUAGCUCGGGUUUAACCCUUUGGAGCACAGAAGAGCCCUGCAGUCAGGGCUCUCUGCCUGUAAACUUCCAUCCUCCCUGCUGUAAGGCCAUGACGGGGAAGUUGGGCCUUCCCCAUCCUCAGAGAACCCGAGCUGGUGCCAGGAACAGCUCUUCUCCCCCUACUUGACCUGAACUCGCCUGCCCCAGCCCGAUGAUUAACUCCAAUCUCGAACCAUGGAAGCCAAGUGCAAAAGGAGGUGAGUGUGCCGCAGGCAGAAGCUGUUAUCGUCUUGGAGGCACUUUGGGAUACUGAUGUAGUCGAUUCACUUUUUCCUCUCUCUCUUUUUUUGUAAAAAAAAAAGCAGUCAUAAAUUUCUAAAUUAAAAAAUGUAACGGAAAA